AUGGGGCAUCUUGUUUCCAAGCAACCCGAAGUGCAAGUUCUACUUCUGGGUUUGGACAACGCCGGAAAAUCCACUUUUCUCUACAAGCUGAAACACAACGCGUGUGUCACCACCGUCCCGACGAUCGGCUUCAACGUGGAAAUGCUCGACGCCCGGAAGAGCAGGAAGAACAUCUCGGUGACCCUGUGGGACGUGGGCGGUCAGGGACUGAUGCGGCCUCACUGGCAGGACUUUCACCAGAACACGGCGGCCGUGGUGUUCGUCGUGGACAGCGCGGACACGGAGCGUCUGCAGGAGGCGCGCACCGAGCUGGACACCACGCUGCGCAGUGACCAGCUGCGCGGCCGCCCGCUGCUGCUGCUGGCCAACAAGCAGGACGUGAGCGGGGCGCUGACCGCCACGGAACUCAAAGACACGUUCAACCUGAGAAAGGUUUGCUCGGGUCGGGACUGGUUCGUGCAGCCCUGCUCCGCUUCGACCGGGUUCGGAGUGGAAGAGGCCUUCAAACGACUGGUCCAGAUGGUGAAACUGCCCUCAGAGGCCGGAGCAGUCAACAUCAAGGAAACGGUGCACUACCUCCGAUCGAACAGUAAACAUUAG